CUAUAGCCGGGCUGAGGCCAGAAAUAGCCCAGGCUGCUGCUGCAGUGCCCUCUGAGCGCUCCGGGAACCUGGGCCGAGUGUCGCAGUCUGUACUCACUGCUCUCAGCUCCACCUGAAUAUUUAUCAUGGUUAUCAAAGUGUUUCUGGCCUCCUCCUCGGGCUCGACGGCGAUAAAAAAGAAACAACAAGAUGUGCUUGGCUUCCUGGAAGCUCUAAAAAUCGACUAUACUCAGCUUGACAUUGCCUCAAAUGAAGAGAAUCGCAUGUGGAUGAGGGAAAAUGUGCCUGGAGAGAAGAAGCCUACCAACGGAAUCCCACUCCCACCACAGAUAUUCAAUGAGGAGAGCUACUGUGGGGACUAUGAGACGUUCUUUGAAGCCAAGGAGGACAACUCUGUAUAUGAAUUCUUGGGUCUGACCCCUCCAGCAGGAUUUAAGAAAGAGAUGAUCCUGCCUGAGGAACAGAAUGGACACACACACACAGAGGGGGAGGAGGAGGAAAAGGAGGAGAAGACUCCAGUAGAGGAGGAGAAGACUCCAGUAGAGGAGGCUGUAGAAAGCGAGGCUAAAGAAGAAGAAGAAGAGACACAAGAGGAAGAAUCAGAAAAUAAAAAGCCCCCUGUGGAGGAGGAAGCCCAGGGGGAAGAGGGAGAAGAAGAAUUUGAGAGGGGAGAAGAUGACGUGCCAGUUUCAGAGGGAGAAGAGGACUUGUUGUCUGAGGAGGAGGAGGAACUUCGACAUAUUGAGGAAGAGACAGAAGAGCCAGUCGUUGAGGAACAAGAAGAGCCAGUUAGUGAGGAAGAGCCCCAAGAAGAGCCAGUCAGUGAGGAGGGAGAAGAGGCAGAGGACUAAACUUCUCACAGGGAUGAUUACAACACUUAAG